AAAUCAAUCUUGCAGAGUCUUCUGUUUUAAGCUUAGCUCUGCAAUGUCUUUGUACACAGAGGCUCGUGUGCAUUAAGAUAUUUUAUUUUUAUGUUAUCUCUCUCUGACAAUGAAAUAAUCAUUAGCUCUCCCCUGCGAUACACCUUAGCUGCUCCUCACCACUGUUCAAACAGAAUCAUGAGGACUUGAUUGCGAGGACUACGGCCAUAAGGGGCCGUCUUUGAUUGGGCCUUGGUAUCAUGAGAUGAGCUUUCAGACAUCUCCACAAGGAUUACCGGUUGAAUUGUCGUCUCCGUUUCCUGACACGGAAUCCCGAUCCCGUGUCUUGGCAUAUAUAUCUAGACCUAGACGAAAGUGAUUCGGCAGGGCUGCCGCCCUCAAGUCAACGUGUGCUUUAUACCGUCAGUCAUUGACGGAUUCUAUUGUUUUCAAUAUACUGCUCAGCCUUAAAUCUCAAUAUCUCUAAGAGACCCGUACUCCCCAGGGGAAAUCCCGUCUCUCGGAAACUCGGGUGGCUUUCUAUAUAAAGUACUCCCCGUGCAUCCACCCGAGAUGAAAGAUAACAACAUACUAGUUCUCUACCCUCCUUUUAUCCUCUACUAUUUGUUUCAACCUUCACCACAUUGGCUAUCGACUCCUUUGCGGGCGCUUUUCUUACCACUUCUUUUUGUUAUUUUCCUGUCCUACUCGGGGAAUCUUUUCUUUCCAUCAUCACAAUUUGGUAUUGGAGAACCGCGGCCUGUUCGAACUCUGUCCAAUGCAAUAGACGGAGCAUCGGGAGGACGUAACCGGAUCGUCCUUGUCAACAGCGGAUUCUCAGGGGGUGAGAUUGAUCUGGUCAUUAAAAAUGUGACGGCGCCUUUGCGAGAUUUAGAUAUCGAGGUUAAAACAUUUCAAACCGAGAAUGAGCUUCGCACAGAAUGUCGCGGCUCUUUCAGGGGAUCUUCCCGGUGUAUCUGCGCUGCUGUAUUCUACGCUUCUCCUUCCGAAGGCAGUGGUGGUCGAUGGAACUAUUCCAUUCGAGCAGAUGGGGUACUUGGAACUAAGAUCAACACAAAGGCCGGUGACAACGACGCACAAAUAUAUACCUUGCCGCUGCAGCACUCCAUCGACUUUGCAAUCAGCCGUCUCGGGGCGCUUAAAUCCAGCAAUGGCGGCAGCUCAUCAAAAACGAUAUUUGAAUAUCCUUUCACUGCCAGGACACAUGAGCAGCAACAGGACGACAUUCAUUCCAAGUAUAUGAACAACGUCGUCAAUAUUUUGGCUGUUGCGUUUUAUAUUUCUAUGGUCGGAGUCCUGUAUCAAACGACGGGCCUCAUCGCCACUGAACGAGAAACCGGUAUGGCUGCCCUGCUCGAUACGAUGAUGCCUAAUCAAUCACGUUGGCAAAGGCAAAUGAUAAGACUCACGUCCCAUCACCUGUCUUUUGUCAUUGUUUAUGGUCCUGGCUGGGUUGGUAUGGGUACGAUUCUGGGAGCCGUGGCUUUUCGCGAAACUUCAGUUAUAAUUCCAAUCGUAUUUAAUACGCUUUCCGGAUUAUCGCUUACUUCCUUUGCAGUAUUUACUGGAGUUUUUUUCAGAAAAGCGCAGCUGAGUGGCAUACUAGCAGUAAUCCUCAGCUUAGUCCUCGCAAUUCUAGCCCAGGUUUCAGGAAAGGUGACUACAUGGGUCAUGGCUGUGCUCUCCUUUAUAUUCCCUCCGAUGAACUACGUCUAUUUCAUCAUUACAGUUGCUAGAUGGGAGAGUCAAACUAAGGCGGCCAAGUUGCUACUCCCAGCCCCAAAUAGCCCGUCCACUUUACCCGCCAUUGUAUUUUGGAUAUUUGCAAUACUCCAGGUGGUUAUUUAUCCACUUUUGGGGGCGUUCGUUGAAGGAGGUUUUUACGGCAGGGCAUCCACUUCCAGGAAAACGAAAAUCUCAAACUCCCCCGUUGCCAUCCACUUGAGCAGGAUGAGCAAGACAUAUCGACCCUCGUUCGUCCGAAGAGCGAUAUCAUUUAUGACUAGGGAGCAUCUCACUACAGUCCAUGCGGUAGCAGAUUUAACUCUUCAAGCAUAUCGAGGGGAAAUCAUGGUUCUUCUAGGAGCGAAUGGAAGUGGCAAGUCUACAACACUUGAUGCUAUUGCGGGGAUACAUUCCAUUUCUUCGGGAAGGAUUGUGAUAGACUACCCACACAGUCAAGGGACACUAGGGUACUGCCCGCAAAAAAAUGUCUUAUGGGACGACCUGACAGUUGCCGAACAUGUAAAGAUUUUUGACAGCAUCAAAAGCGUUGGACCAAGGUCCUCAGCAGAAAAUCUCAGGGUCUUAAUCGAAGAUUGCGAUUUGGCCAAGAAGGUUUCCACCUACUCAAAACAUCUCUCUGGAGGACAAAAGCGCAAACUACAGAUGGCAGUGAUGUUUGCUGGCCGCUCCACUAUCUGUUGCGUGGACGAAGUUUCCUCAGGAGUUGACCCAUUAUCACGCCGUAAAUUAUGGGAUAUUCUUCUAGCGGAACGGGGCAAACGCUCAAUAAUUUUGACAACCCAUUUCCUAGAUGAGGCUGAUUUGCUUGCGGACCGGAUCGCUAUCUUGGCUCAUGGAUCACUCAAAGCGGAAGGGACGUCCGUGGAGUUGAAACAAAGACUAGGGACAGGAUAUCGUGUUCAUUUAUAUAACAUGCCUGGGGUGAUCAAACCGCCUGUCUACGGCGAUGUGCUUCAUGCGAAUGAUGAGCAAGGGACGGUAUACUACCCGGGGACAUCCGCAUGCACUCUGAUGUUCCUUAAACGGCUACAGGGAGAUGGUGUGAAAGAAUAUCAAGUCAAUGGGCCAACGAUAGAAGAUGUGUUCCUCAAAGUCGCUGAUGAAGCAAAAUCGGGUCAUGACAGCUUCGAUCAUGGGUCUGAUACUCGCAGACUUUUGGCGAAGCCACCGGCACCUUUGGUUUCCAUGGAACGAGGUAAAUCGUCCACUCGCCUGGAACUGCUCAGUGGCAGGAGAACCAGCUUGCUUAAACAAUUAACGAUUCUUUUCUCGAAAAGAUUCACUAUCCUUCAAAGGAACCUUGCUCCAUCUAUCGCCGCUCUUGCCAUUCCCAUUGUCGCUGCUGGUUGUGCCUCUAUCUUUCUAAGAAAUGUUGAAUCCGUGGAUUGUAAUCCUGCAUUGGGAGCAUCCGUUUCUGCUUUGGAAUCGUCUUCGCAGAGUUUUCGUUUGAUAGCGGGCCCAAAGUCCCAGCUUUCUGAAGUCGCUCACCAAAGAAUUUCCGAAGCUCCUCCAGGGUCUGUAAAUUUUGUGGAGACUUUAUCUCAGUUUGAUUAUGAAGUUCGGCGCCAAUUCGCAAAUCUGACUCCUGGCGGGUUCUUUCUUGGGGAAAAACCUACUUUCGUGUGGCGGGCAGAUGUGCCGAUAGUGCCAGGAAUUAUAGUCCAAAACGUCAUGAAUAGUAUGCUUCUGAAUACCACCAUUAUCACCGACUACAAGUCACUCGAUCUCCCUUUUGUGGCAGAGAUUGGAAAUUUGCUGAUCUUUGUCACAUUCUUCGGACUGUCAGUGGCGGUAUACCCGGCUUUUCUAUCUCUCUAUCCAACCGUUGAAAGAUUACGCGCAGUCCGAAGCAUGCAUUAUAGCAAUGGCGUCCGUGCCUUGCCAUUAUGGUUGGCUUAUCUGGCUUUCGACUUUUUGAUCACACUAACUAUUGCCUCCAUCACCGUUGCGAUUCUUGCGUCGGUCACUGGUAUCUGGUACCGCAUGGAAUACCUGUUUUUGAUUUUUCUACUCUACGGGGUCGCCUCGACUCUGUUCUCCUACGUUAUUUCCUUAUUCUCUCCAUCUCAGCUAGCGGCAUUUGCCGUCACCGCAGCCAUUCAGGCGGGGAUGUAUCUCGUAUUUUUGGUUGUUUUCGUAGUCACAUUGACCUAUGUUGAUGCUUCACAACAGAACUCAGUAUUGAGUAUCGCUUACUACAGCCUUGGGGUAACUUCGCCGGUGCACAGCUUCUCAAGAGCACUCUACCUUUCGUUGAACAUUUUUGGAGCGACCUGUCGAGGUCGUGAAAUUGCAGCAUACCCCGGCGCGAUGGAUGUAUUUGGAGGGCCGAUUUUAUACCUCUUUAUUCAAUCGUUUAUUCUAUUUGGAAUGCUUCAGUGGAAGGAUGCGGGGCCUUCAGUGCAGUUCUGGAGUAGGACAAAAUCAGGAACAGAUGCAGAGGACAGAGACACGAUUGAACUCGAGACGACUGCCGAAUUUGCGAGGAUUUCCACAUCCAGUGACGAUGGUCUUCAGGUCCUUCGAUUGAGAAAGCAGUUCAAAAAACAUUUAGCAGUUAACGACAUCACUUUCGGAGUCCCGCGUGGUGAAUGUUUUGCCCUCAUCGGACCCAACGGGGCGGGUAAGUCUACCUGCAUUUCAAUGAUCCGCGGAGACGCUCAGCCAAGCAGUCGCCAGAGCCAGAUAUUUAUCGACGGUGUCUCAGCCCUAAAACAUCGCGCACUAGCACGUUCUAGGCUCGGAGUCUGUCCUCAAAUCGACCCUCUGGACCCAAUGACGGUUGCUGAGCACCUUCGAUUCUACGCCAAAGUCCGUGGUAUCAGUAACCCACGGCACAAUUUCAAGGAAAUCAUUAAAAGUGUUGGCUUGGAAGAAUACGCUGAUCGAAUAGCAACAACUCUCUCCGGAGGCAACAAGAGAAAACUCUCACUUGGUAUCGCACUAAUGGGUAAUCCCAGUGUGCUCCUUUUAGACGAACCGUCUUCAGGAAUGGACGCUGUGACCAAGCGGAAAAUGUGGCGGACUCUCUCAUCAGUUACUCCUGGCCGGUCCCUUGUGUUAACAACCCAUUCGAUGGAGGAAGCAGAUGUGUUGGCAAGUCGUACAGGGAUUAUCGCAGGGAAAAUGCUCGCGCUGGGGACCACCGAUGCGCUGAGACAGAGGUAUGGGAAUGGAUAUUCCAUCCACAUGGCGCACAGCCAAGCGCCACAUACGAGACCAGUAGAUAUGAAGAGAAUGGAGAUGUGGAUACAGCAACAAUUUCCCGAAGCGGAAAUGGAGAAAGGCAUGUAUUACGGACAAGUUCGGUUUGCAAUUCCGGGCAGGUAUGGCCAGGGGCGGUCUCUAGUCGAGAUUUUCGAGCAACUUGAACAGGGAAAAGACAGAUUAGGAGUACCAUAUUACAGUGUUAGUAGGUCAACAUUGGACCAAGUUUUCUUGUCUGUUGUUGGGAGGCAUUUUGAAGAGGAGGACAGGGGGUGAUGGGCACCAGCUUGCUCAGCUUUUCUUUAUUGUAUUAUCUUUAAAUUUCCUUUGGGGAAGAACUCCAAUAUCUAUAGAAUGUUUUAGUUUUGGUCUUUGGUUUUUGAGUAGCCUUACAUAGAGAAUAUAAUUAUCCAUUUCUAGCCAUACUUGGGGA